AUGUCUUCUGAAAAAUUCAAAGUGGCCCCCAAAGAAUCCCUGGCCUAUCAAUACGGCGGUAAUCACAGCACGGGAUGGUUGGGUUAUGUCCCUGCGCGGUGGCUUCCGUACAUUCAGCUCGCCCGCCUGAGCCCACCAGUUGGACUCUUUCUCAUCUACAUCCCCCACUCGUUCGGCCUGCUAUAUGCGGCGAUUCGACAGCGGGCCGAGCCCUUUGAAGUGGCUUACGCCUCCCUUCUACUCUUUGGUGCAAGCUUCUUCGUAUCCAACGCUAUCCACAUCUGGAAUGACUUGAUCGACGCGCCUCUGGAUGCAAAGGUUGAGCGCACGCGCAAUCGACCCAUUCCCCGUGGUGCCGUCUCGCCGAGUGCAGCGCUGAUAUUCAGUGCGUCCCAGGCUGUGUGCGCCGCCCUAUUCUUACCCCUGCUAAAAGGAGACGUGGCCAAGAACACCAUUCUCAGUGCGCCUGGUUUCCUCGCCUGGCUUUACUACCCGUACGCAAAGCGGCACACGUACUGGACUCAGACCGUCCUUGGAAUUUGUCUUUCGUGGGGUAUUGUGGUCGGCGCAGUUGCACUUGACGUCGAACCGUACUCUUUCCAGACCGGCCAAGUCGACAUACCACUACUUUUGCUAUUCAUAGCGAGUACACUGUGGACGAUGCUUUACGACAGCGUAUAUGGUUUCCAGGAUCUGGAAGACGACGUCGCUGCUGGUAUCUACAGCAUGGCAGUGUUGUUUCAGUACAAUAUCAAGCUCGUGUUCUGGCUCAUCGUCGCCAUGAUUGCAGCAGCCUUAGGGAACAUGGGGUAUUAUGCUGGGAUGGGCGCCCUUUACUACAUAAUUAGUGUGGGAGGAACGACAGCUUUUCUCAUUAUCGGCAUGAUACCGCCACCCACCGUUGUCAACAACCAAAAUCGGCAUUAUGGAGUUGUGGCUGGAAUCACCGUGCUUGGUUUUGUAUCCAUCGCGUUGACUCUGUUAAGACUGCGGUGCCGGUAUGUUUCGCGCACGAUCGGAUACGACGACUAUGCGAUCAUUCCAGCUUUGCUCCUGUACUCAGGAUGGACAGCCAUGGCCCUUUAUGUAAACAUCAACGCCGGCGUUGGCAAGCCUUUAUGGGAGAUAACGUUGGGAGAGUUUGUGGUAUGGUUCAAGGGAAUUGUCGGCUCCACUUUGCUCUAUCCGAUCAUGUCAGCCAGUAUUCGUACAUCAAUUCUCAUGUUUUACCUCCGAAUAUUUGGCCAAGCGGUGACAUCAGUCCGUUACACAGUGUUGGCUUUGCUAGUCUUACAGGGAGUCUAUGUCAUCGUGUACAUGAUCCUUCCGGCUUUCAUCGCGAAGCCGUUCAACAAAAUCUGGCAGCCGCUAGAGCGAGGCAAAUACAUGAACGACUGGUAUUACUAUUACACGCAAGUGGCACUGUUCAGCACAAGCAUGGCUUUCGAUAUAAUUCUCCUCGUUCUCCCGAUACAUCCAGUCACUCAACUUCAAAUGACUGUGAAAAAACGUAUCGGAGUGAUUGCAAUCUUCAUAUGCGGUGCAGCCGCAAGUGUCACAGCAGCAUAUAAGCUCGCCAUAUUUGUCACUCAAAUGGAGAGAUACACCAAGAUCGAUCCCAGAUGGCUACAAUACGAAAUGAGCACUCUUGUUCCGCCACAAUUUGACGAGUACGGCAAAACGUUUUGGAUACCAUCCCAGGUCGAGCCCAGUGUUGCUCUUAUUGGAGCAGCACUUCCUGCACUAUACCCUAUGGUACAGGGUGCCAUGCAUAGAGUCAUGGCGACCAUUUCGUCCAUUUCAUCUACGGCCAGCUCGGGUUCCAGAACACGAAGUCAUCCGGAGAGCCAGGACUGUCAGCCGAGGAGGCAGACGCCUGAGAAAUCAUUGCUUCAAUCGAAUGACGGGUCGUACAUUGAGCUGGAUGACAUAGCACCUUCUCGGCCGGGAAGGCUGUAG